AGGUAAUCCAGACCUCAUUCCUUCUUUAUCAUAGGUACUCUGUACACUAGGAUUCAUUCCAGAAAUUGGGUCCACCCAAGAUCUCGGACUUUCCUAGGGGCCCGAUCUUGGCGCCAGGGGAUUCACUGUCUGUCACUCGGAGGACCCUGGACGUCAUCACCCUGUUCACUGUUCAUCUUGGUCAGCUCGAAGGCCAGUGGAUUGUUGAAGCAAAGUCCCUGAGUUCCAUCAUUACGACAACCUCCCAUCUCGCAUUUUCUUCACACCUGCCUACUCGACUAUUCCAUUCAUCCGUCUUUGCAUAUUCUUGACGCUUCCUGUGGGCACUGUGCCACUGACGCCUUAGCUAUGCCUCAAUUUAGAUUAACCAUAGAGGAUGGUCGAUUCCGCGAUGCAAGCGGGCGAACCGUCGUCCUUCGGGGCAUCAACGUCGCUGGCGACGCCAAACUACCCAGCAAACCAAACCUACCUUCUCAUGAAUUAGAGAACUUCCUCGACGGCGAUAAUGUCUCCUUCCACGGUAGGCCGUUUCCCAAGGAGGAUGCCCACACCCACUUCUCUCGCCUACGUCGCUGGGGCUUCAACACCAUCCGCUACGUCUUCACAUGGGAGGCCAUCGAGGCUGCCGGUCCUGGUCGCUACGACGAGACCUUCAUACAGAAUACGAUCGAGAUACUCAGGGUGGCUAAGCGAUAUGGCUUCUAUGUGAUCAUGGAUCCCCAUCAGGACGUGUGGUCUAGGUUUACGGGAGGAUCAGGAGCACCCAUGUGGACCGUCUACGCCUGUGGCCUUAACCCUCAAAGUUUCGCCGCGACCGAAGCUGCCCUCGUGCACAAUACGUAUCCGAACCCCGACGAGUUCCCCAAAAUGAUCUGGGCCUCCAACUACUGGCGUCUUGCCACAUCCACCAUCUUCACCAUGUUCUUCAGCGGCCGCGCCAUGACGCCCAAGUGCAUCAUCAACGGCGUCAAUAUUCAGGACUUUUUGCAGGGCCAUUUCAUCGCAGCCGUCGCUCACAUGGCUAGGCGGAUACACGAGGCCAGCGGUCUCGAGAACGACGUGGUCAUCGGCUGGGAGAGCAUGAACGAGCCGAAUCGCGGAAUGACGGGGUGCAAGGACCUGGAAAAGCUGGCCCCAGAACAGAACAUGAAGAAGGGUACCGCACCGACGUUUUGGCAGUGUAUCCUGACCGGGUCAGGCCGAGCGUGCGAAAUCGACACGUAUGAUAUUGGUCAGUUGGGUCCGUACAAGACCGGAAGCGCCUUGGUUGACCCCCAUGGCGAGUCGGCAUGGCUUCCCAAGGACUACGACGACUCGCGGUACGGCUGGACUCGAGAUGAGGGAUGGAAGCUGGGCGAGUGCAUCUGGGCGCAACACGGCGUCUGGGACGCGACCACCGACACGCUGCUCCGCAAGGACUUCUUCAGGUACGACCCCGAGACGGGGAAGGAAUGGGACUACCCCGAGUGGACGCGGACCUACUUCAUGAACCACUUUCGGAACUACAAGCAAGCUCUCCGUGCCAUCCACAAGGACUGCAUCAUGGUCAUGCAGUAUCCGACGCUCGAGCUUCCCCCUCUUAUCAAGGGCACGGAGGACGACGACCCGAAUAUGGCCUUCUCGCCGCAUUGGUAUGACGGCAUCACGCUCAUGACCAAGAAAUGGAACAGGCUGUGGAAUGUCGACGUCGUGGGCUACCUACGCGGCCGGUACUGGAGCCCGGCCUUCGCGGUCAAAGUGGGGGAGAACGCCAUUCGCAACUGCUUCCGAGACCAGCAAGCCUCCUUGGAUAGGGAGGGCAAAGAGCGCACGGGGAAUCAUCCCUGCGUGAUGACGGAGUUUGGCAUUCCUUUCGACAUGGACGACAAGCACGCCUAUAAGACGGGUGACUACAGUAGCCAAUCGGCUGCACUGGAUGCCAACUUUUAUGCUGCCGAAGCAUCUGGCAUGGAAGGCUACUGCCUAUGGCUCUACAUGGUAACGAACGACCAUGAACGUGGUGAUCAAUGGAACGGCGAGGAUCUUUCCAUCAUCUCGCUGGACGAUAACUUACUCCCAGAGUCGGCUGUCCCUGCGAAUAUGGACCUCGACCAGAGCGUGGAGUUCAAAAGAUCGCCCAGCUCUCGCAAUGUCCCCGACGACCUGACCGUCACGCCCGGGAACCUUCGGCGCACUCUGACCAACCCGUCGAUCACGCCCACGCCCACGCAGAAGGACCCGGAAAUCUCCAACACCCCGGGAUACCGGGCCGCCGAGGCGUACAUUCGUCCCACGGCGGUGACGGUGGCAGGCCGCGUGGUAGAGGGCUUCUUCGACUUGCGGAAAUGCGAGUACAAGCUGAAGCUCGAGGCGAAGGCGGCUCCCCCCGACGAUGCGCCGACGGUCGUGUUCCUGCCCGAGUACCACUUCCCGAAGGAUGACUGCACCGUCGAGGUAUCAUCUGGAAAAUGGGAGCUGAGCGUGGAUGAGGAGCAGGAGGAGGAGGAGGAGGAGGCGCCCGACUGCCCUCCGUUGCAGAGGCUGAAGUGGUGGCAUGGGGAAGGCGAGCAGACUUUGAAGGUGAAUGGCUUGGUGCGGACGCAUGCUAUCCCGGAGAGCUCGGCGGAAGAUGCUGGGUAUUUGGAGCAAUGCCGACAGCAGUACGGGGCCUGCAACCUCAUGUGAAUUUCCUUGGCAUUAGGCAGGACUUUAGUUGAAGCCAGCAACCCCCCCCCCUUUUUUUUUCCUUUCCUCUUCCUCGUCUUCUCCCUUUUUCUUGGUAGAGUCUGCAUUGGGUAUUGUCUUUCUCGUUUCACUGCAUGUAAUCUUUCUUGUCAA